AUGCCGAGGUACCCUGGUCUUGAUCGUUGGCGCUUGCUUGAAAAGAUAGGGGAUGGUGCUUUCAGCAGCGUAUACCGCGCAAGCGACACAAAAUCCGAGUUCAGCGAAGUCGCGAUCAAGGUCUCGAAAAAAUAUGAAAUGCACGAGAACCAGAAGAAGAAAUUACACGAGGAGGCUGAGAUUACGCGUAAACUUGAUCAUGACAAUGUGGUUCAACUUAUUGACUCGUUCGAAUCGCGCCAAUAUCAUUAUAUGAUUUUGGAGCUUUGCCCUGGGGGGGAACUAUAUGACCAAAUAAUUAAGCUUGAUUCUCUGAGCGAAAAAUUGAGCCGGCAUGUCAUAACUCAAGUUGCAAAUGGUGUGGAGUAUCUUCAUCAGACUAUGGGAGUCGUUCAUAGGGACAUCAAACCCGAGAACAUUCUCUUUUACCCUCUCUCUUCAACACCCUGCGAAGAAUCAAACCCCGCGCGGUCAGGGAAUGAAGAUGAUACCGAAGAAGCUGUUUCGGUCGCUGGGGUUAGGUCUGCUAAUGUUGGUGUGGUCAAGCUCGCAGACUUUGGGUUAUCCAAGGUCAUAUGUGGCGGUUCCGCUAUGACUCCCUGCGGUACCGUGGGUUACGCUGCACCCGAGCUAUGCAGGAAACAAAAAUACACUACCGGCGUCGACAUGUGGGCUCUUGGAUGUCUUCUUUUUACCAUGUUGACCGGAUUUCCUCCUUUCUACGACGAAGAUAUAAAAACGAUGACGCGUAAAGUGAUGCGAGGGGAAUAUACGUUUGCAUCUCCAAAAUGGGAUCACAUUUCGGACGGCGCGAAGGAUCUCGUUUCCCGCCUUCUGACGGUUACUCCUGAAGAAAGGCUAACUAUCAAGGAGUGCCUCGCUCAUCCCUGGAUGCGGGAAAAUUCAGAAGAAAUCAAGCCCAUUGGCAAUGGUCUAUCGAUAAACAUCGAAACCAACAACCCUAAACCUCACACUACUUUAUUGAGGAAUGACCCGACAGCAGAACAUUCCAAAGCACUUACUGAGAACGAAAACGGGUACGCUUAUCCUGGGACUCCCAACGUCCGAGAUAUUCUGAAUGUUGCUCUUUCCGUGCAACAAGGGGAACACCAGUGGCAGCAACCACACGGGAUCCAGCUCAACGGAGCAAUUAUUGCAUUCUCCAGCCUUAACAUUAAGAACAAUAUCACGCCGUCGAUUACCUUGACGCUCCUCGUUCGACCUAUUGGCGCUAUUACUUUCGGCAUACUGGCAGACAUGUUCGGCCGAAAGUGGAUAAUAUCAAUAAAUCUGUGGAUUCUGGCCGUGUUGCAGGUGGGCACGGCAUACGCGGCCGUCCUGGCCAUCGCUGUCAUGUGUAUAUCCGAGUCUUCCAUCUUUGCCAAGGAAACUAUCUAUGCCGAUGGGUUGAUUGCGGAAGAGGAUAUGUCGACGGGUAUCAGCCCCAAGAAGCGUAUCCUGCUGCUCCUCCGUGAUGCGCUCAUAGCUGCGUGCUAG